AUGGCGGUUGGAUUCGGCGUGUCACUCUUUGCGACUUCCACACUGUUCCUCGUCUUCACAGUAGGGGUCCUGGCCGGAGCUGGAAACGGCGUCGUGUUCAGCAGUUCGAUCGUGGCCGUGACCAGUUACUUCGACAAGCGCCGUGGCAUCGCCCUGGGUUUGAACAUGGCCGGCCCGUCUAUGACGUCUCUCGUGGUGCCCAUGCUUCUCCAGUGGCUGCUGAAAGAGUACGGGCUGCGAGGCACGUUCCUCCUGCUGGGCGGCUGCAUGGCUAACAUACCCGUCCUUGGAAUCCUGCUGCGUAAUCCUCCGUGGGAGAAGACGAUCAGGGAAACCACCGCAGUCGAGGUGGAAAACUGCUUCACUGAGCGUGUCUUGGAUGGCCCCGCCGCUGCCCCCGGUUUCCCACAGGGUGAUGUCGUUUUCGUAGAGGCUAUGUUUGAGGGCGAAACGCUCAACUCUCGCACCGUUUUGACAAACAUGCAGAAGACUGUGGAAGCGCCAUCCUCUGCCCUGAGCAGCCUGAAGGAAGUUCUGUGCGCACCACGGAUGUACUUUCACACUUUCAGCUUCUUCACCUGUGCCUUCUUUGUGGACUCUUAUCUCACGGUCAUGUUCGACCUCGGCGAAGAUAUUGGCGUAUCGUACAGCGAGUCGGUCCUCGCCCUGUUGCUCUUCUCAGCCAUGGACACCGUCGGCCGGUUAUUCGUACCUUUCUUGACUGAUUACGGAGUCACGUCGACGGCGUCCUUGCUUACGCUGUGCUAUAUCACGCUUGCCGUCAUUUCCGCCCUGAUGCCGUGCAUCUCAGAAAGGCUCGCCUUCUUGGCCGUGUCUGCUAUUCUUGGACUGCCCGGAGGUUACGUGCUGGUUGGAACGUCCGAAACACUAUCUAAAGAACUCGGGACUAAAAACCUUCCAAUGGCCUACGGUGUCCUGGCGUUCAUCACUGCGUUGGGUGGCUUCGCUCGGCCGCCCGUGGUGGGCGCCUUCCGCGAUGGACUUGGCUCGUACGACGGCCUUUUUCAGCUCAUGGCAGGGAUGAUGCUGAUCGCGUUCCUUUUCAACGUGGGACUUUGGAUCAACGGUCGUUCUUCCGCCAAGAAAGACGUGACAAAACCACCUGCCCUGGACAACACGAUGCCCGCCAUCUCCGAACCCCUGCCUGCGCUAGUAGAGGAGGACCUAUGCACGUCGCUUUAG